CGUCGACGAACCCGACAUGGACGGUAGUGAAAUAGGGCUGUUUGGGACACUGCGACUGAUAAAACGGACGACGAAUGAGCAAGUGGCAGCUUUCCCAAUUGACGAGGAGACGGUCACCUUUGGACGCGACCCAACGUGUAGUGUUCGUCUCUACUAUCCAGAUGUCAGUGCUCUGCACGCAAAAAUUGUAUUUCAAGAGAGAAAGGCUUUCCUCGUCGUUCUUGGCGACGCUGGCCUCACCAUCGACGGCUGCCCCGUCCUCCCUUCCACCAAUCCCUCCCUUCCCACCACAAUCCCGGUCUCAAACAAUUGCGAAAUCGAAAUCCACAAGAAGCGUUUCGUAUUCUCCUACCCACCCAAGCAGCUUCGUUCUCCGCUGUACAACAUCGAUUCACCAGUUAAACCCGACAACGGAAGCGGAGGACGAAGGAAAUUGCGAAUGAGCAUGAUCCACAGCGCUCAAGUAUUCACCCCUCGCGGAAAACCCUCCUCUGAUCCGCUCGCAAACCUGCGCAUCCUUCAGAGUCCACUCAAACAAUUCGUGCCAUCCCCGCGCAAGCCUUCUGCGCUCAAGAAUUCACAUGUUCCAGAACCAGACGAAAUAGAAGAAGAGAUCAUCCUCGUGGAGUCCAACACUCCGCAUGUAGUACAGGAAGAGAAAGACCUCGUAAUCUUGGAGCGUGUCGACAUCCCAGCCCCUCCACCCACCCCGUCUGUGCAAAGGCCAAGACCAAGUAUUAAUAUGUACAAGACUCCGAAUAGGCGCACUCGCCCCUCGUUACACCGUGCCGUACUGAUACGCAGUGUGCAUCGUGCUGUCAUGGCGCGCGAGGAAGAAGACGAAGAGAAGGAGGUUGAGGAUGUGAUUGUAGGUGAGGCUGUGGUAGAGGAGGGCGAUGAGGAUGAUAAUGAACAUGAGGAAGAAGGCGACGAACAUGAGGAGAGUGCAGGCAGCGACCACGAAGAAUCCGAUGAAGAUGGACAUGCCACAGACUCAGACGCGACCGACGAGCCUACUCCUCAACCAAGCACAUGGCGUAAAUCUCUCGAUGCUGUGCGUGCGCGAGUUGUAUGGCCUUUCCGCUCAAGUUCCACCGCGCCCGAGGAACACGACGACGAAGACCAGCAAGAUGAGGAAGAAGAAGAAGACGAGCACGCCCAAAUGGACAUCAAUGAAGACGUCCAACCCCCACCCCCAUCCUCCUCCCCGCCUCCUACUCACAUCGCACCUCAAGUCCGACCACACCUCACACCUGCAAGAGCACCUCGACCUCUAGGCUCAUUCAUGACACCCCAGGUGCCCCACCUACAACCUGGCAUUGGUAUCGGCCGCGGUGCGGGACGAAACUCCUUUGGUGGGGCAUUGCGCGUGCCGUUACCCCCUGGGGUGUCUGCGCUUGCGCCACCUGCUGAACCGACGGGUCCCGUGGAGACGUGGGGAGGUGCGAAGAGAGUACGUGUCGAGCCGAAGUGGCGUGUUGGGGAGAUUGAGGUGCGGGCUGUGAAGGAAGUGAAGGAGGAGGAAAAGGGUGGAUCGGGACUUGGGAGGACGCGCGUGAGUGAGGAGGAGAGGAAGGCCAUCCAAGAGCGCCGCAAAUCCGCACUCACUACACCCGACCCAUUCUUUGCACAGGUUCCAGGUCUGCGGCGACUCUCCGUUGCACCCACCACACCCUCUGCCCCUGUCGAAGCGAGCAACGGGAACACGCAACGGAAGUUGCCCUCCCUGCUGGACUCUGCCAUCCGCACUGUCAGGGAACGCAGUGCAUCCCCUACAAAGUCAGGUGAGAGGAGUAUAUCGCCGACCAAAUUCGGGGAGAGAAGUACGUCGCCGACAAAGUCAGGCGAGAGGAGUGCAUCGCCAACCAAGUUUGGAGAGAGAAGCGCAUCGCCUAUGAAAGCCCCCAGCCUCUCGCGUCCUGCAUCGCCUACGAAGUUAUUCUCUUCCCCUGAGAAACCGUUUGAAUCGCCUGCCAGGGCUGCUUAUACACCAUUCGGGCGCCCUCCGUCGCUCUUGAAGGCUCCUCUGACGCCGCAUAGCGAGGAGGAUGAGGAGGAUACGCGGAGCUUGUUGGAUCGGAUGAAGCGGACUGUGGAGGAGAUGAAGCGACGUAGGAGCGUGGGUCCGUUUGGGGAAGAGCAUGAGCACGAGGAUGAGGAUGAUGAGGAUGCAGAAGACACAGUGGAUGUUGAUGAGCGUAUGGAUGCCGAAAAGAACGCUGAAGAAGACGCCGAGGAGGAACAACAAGCAGGCGAAGAUGAAGAAAACAGCGAUAAAGAAAACGGCCUUACAUCCUCACUCCGAGAACCAGAGUCUUCUUCACACUCUGAACCUGAACCCAAGACUGAGCACAUGUCUGCACCUCUCUCGCCGACGCGUAUCGCGCUUGACCUCGACCUCGAGCUAGAGAGGACGCCGUUGCCCCAGCUCACGCGUCCCACCUCCCGCGCACAGCACAAGAAUGUACCGUCGUUUGCGGGGCCGCAGACGCCCGCUCUCGCGUCACUCAAACAUCUCUUCCCCCCGCCUGCGCCGGUGCCAAGCACGCCGGCGGUGAAGAGCAUGCGGACAUUGUUCCGUGGGGCCGGCAAGAGUGUCGCGAUGGGGAUGGGAGAGGAGGUGUUGGAAGGUGUUGGGGAGAUGAUGGUCACGCCUGAGGGGUAUCGUGCCCGAGAUGAGCUAGAGGAUGGUAAGAUGGAAGGUGAGGAGCAAGAACAAAGGAGAGAGACGGAGAAAGAGGAACGUAAACCUGCAAGAACGACUUCCCGAAAGACCCCUGUUCCCGUUCCUGCUUCUGGGCCUACCACAACAGCAGCUCGGCGCCGCACGACGAGGACUGCUGCAGCGACGGAGACUGCUGUUCCCAAGGAGAGGGUGCCAUCUACUUCCAGGACUGUCACACGUGUGGAGAUAGUGCCUUCGAAAAGGAUGCAGAUGGUACCUCCCAGACGUGCAGAGAAACAGAAAGAAAAGGCACAGGCAAAGACCUCCGAACCAGAGCCAGAGCCAACACCCGAAGAGGCAGAGGCAGAAAACGAAGUUCAGGAGAUCCCCCCUCAGGUUGCCGCACAAAAUAAACCUACGAGAGCGCGCCUGCUUCGUGCGCGUAAGGAUAUCGCAGCUGAGAACUCGGACGAAGAGCCUGCUGUUGUGCCAAGGAUGCGAGACGCCAGUACUGAACCCAGGGCACGCCCUGCGAGUACUGAGCCUAGGGUUCGUGCAGCUACUGCUACAACAGCAAGAAAAGCGAAAGUCGAUAAUGUAGAGACGGUCCCAAAAACCCGAGCGACCCGCAGCCGUGCUACCCCUGUCCCAGUGGCUCGAUCCGAGCCCGCAAAGGCGCGCCCACGAGCCCCCGCAAAGUCAAAGGCCGCAAUCACGACGACCCGCGCACCCUCACGGACCAAAAUGCACAACGCAGAAAACGACGAGGAUGCUGAUGGGGACGACCCCCUUGAUUCCAUCACUCAGCCUGAAGCCCCAGCUCCCGUACAGAGAGGGAGACGCACGCGGGUAGUGACAGCACCUGUGAAAGAGGAGGAAGUCGACAUUCCGGUUCCCGGGAAGGCGAAGAAUGCAACAACGACUCGCAGGCGUGCGGUGACAGCAGUGGAUAAGGAAAAUACCCCGUCGAGUUCGAAGGAGGAUGAGGGUGAGCGGAAGAAGGAGGUGGAGGUGAAGCGUACGACGCGGGCAACGAGGUCGCGAGCGUGAGGCUAUGUCGAAUUUCUUUGUCCGAUCUGAAUUCUUCCGUGUGACGAUGGUAAUACCCUAUGUAUGUUGACUAUUGUAUACUAUGGUAUACAUACGUUCCUAGGACGAACAAGCUACAGCUGACUACGCUAACCCCUACCGACUCAGCCCUCGUCUGAAUUAUUCUGGAGCACUUCCGAGUAUGUCAUGCGCCGUCCGCCUAGAAUAUCCGACUCGUCCAAUUUUUCCCAUCCGUCCCCCUCGGUGUCGUAGUCAUCCUCGAUGGGUAUUACUUUUGGGUUAGACUCAAGGAUCUCAAAGUCCCCCAGUCGGCUCUUGGCUAUAUCCAUGCUCUGUUAGCGCUUUAUUCUCGGGCUAUGAUAAAUAUGAUGCGCCUUACCCUUGCGCUGGCGCUUGGAGGGU